AGGAACGAGUCUGACAAUAACGUCAUCGCACCGGACUCUUUGAAGGGCGACGGAAUGCAUUGACAACCACCUAAAAAAACACUAACUGUGAGGAUUUAGUGCGGUACUGUGCACAUAUCCUGCCUUUUACGCUUGGCUGGGGGACCGAACAAGACGAGCGCGCACCAGCAGCGCCACGCGUGGAGAAGCGCUUCACUGGACGACCACACUGCUUCGAAUCGUCUCCUGCAUUCACGAGGUUUGUCGUCGUCGUCGUCGUCGUCGUCAUGGCGGCGCUAUCCGGCGGAGAGAUGUGCAUCAAAUAUCUGAUGUUCGCCUUCAACCUGGUCUUCUGGCUCGCAGGCACUGCUGUCUUUGCCAUCGGCCUGUGGUUGCGAUUAGACCCCAAGACCAAAGGCUUGUUUGAAGGACAGGACUCUCCAUAUGUGUUUUACACCGGUGUGUACAUCCUGAUCGGAGCUGGAGCGCUAAUGAUGGUCGUAGGAUUUCUUGGAUGUUGCGGUGCCAUCCAGGAGUCUCCCUGCAUGCUGGGACUGUUUUUCUUCUUCCUGCUGAUCAUCUUUGCCAUUGAAGUGGCUGCUGGCAUCUGGGGAUUUUCCAACCAGAGCAAGGUGGUGGAUGACAUUACCACAUUCUACCACCAGACUUACAACAACUACAAGGAGACAAAGGAUGAGCGUCUCCGAGAGACUCUGCGUGUGAUUCAAACUGGCCUGAAUUGUUGCGGUCCAACUGCCGCUGUCUUUGAUGGUGCCAAAGACACGUGUCCUCAAGGAGACCUACUUGAGAAGCUCAUCAUCAAGAGCUGCCCCGAUGCCAUCGAAGAAGUGUUUGACUCCAAGCUGCACAUCAUAGGAGGAGUGGGCAUCACUAUCGGGGUCAUUAUGGUGUUUGGGAUGAUCUUUAGCAUGCUCCUGUGCUGCGCCAUCAGGAAAUCUCGGGAGGUGGUGUGACACCCGCCAGCGCGUUAUGGAGUCCUCGUUAAUGUUGCAUGAUGUCAUUCCCAGAUCACUCCCCCCACCCCCCACUGCCAGUACAAACAUUGCUCGUUCAAUUGGGGGUUGGGGCACAUCCUACGUCUUUGUGGUUGUCAGGCCCAGCUAUAAAAUGGGUGCCAUCUGUGUUUGAGUGAGAAAUGUCCCACAGUGAGAUCACGUGAUUGAAUUUAGUGUUUGUGCAAACGAUCUGAAAGAAGAUCAGCUCGUUGUUUAUCGAUCACUUCUCUAUUGAGGCCUCUCACCGACUGGCAAGAACGAGUUCUGGACCGCGGCCGAAUAAGUCCCAAUGCCACUUAGGCAGAAUGCAUCAUCUGCCAAAGGAAUGGGUGAAUUGCUUUGAAACCAACAGGAUUCUCAGCUGUCAACUUUUUUUUUUCAUAUUUAGAAUCGAGUGUUAUCCUUUGUGACAUUUUGUUGGCUCACCUCUUUCUACAACUGCCUAUUUUGGUCAUGUUUUGUCUUUUCAGUCCUCUUUCUAUCAGAACAUGUUAUGUAUUUUCAAGAUACUUUUUCAUCUUAUUGAAAUUGGUUGAUUCAUAUCGUACAAACGGAUGAUUCAAGAGUCAAAUAAACAAAAAUGGAGUUGA